UCAAACUUAGAGAGAGAGAGAGAAGAGAGAGAGAUGGGUUCCAUAUGCGAAGUGAAGCCCCAUGCCGUGAUGAUUCCAUACCCAGCUCAAGGCCAUGUGAACCCAAUGAUGAAGUUCGCCAAGCUUCUUUACUCCAGAGGCUUCCAUAUCACCUUCGUCAACUCUGAGUUCAACCACAAGCGCUUGCUCCGAAGCAGAGGUCCUCACGCCGUCGACGGCCUCCCGGACUUCCGCUACGAGACCAUCCCCGACGGCCUUCCUCCCUCCGACGCCGACGCCACCCAACACAUCCCUUCUCUCUGCCACUCCACCAGCACCACCUGCUUCGACCCUUUUGUCAGGCUUCUCCGUCGCCUUCAGAGCUCGGCCUCUGCCGGCCAUGUCCCUCCCAUCACCUGUGUCGUCUUCGAUGGGGUCAUGACCUUUUCCCUCAAAGCUGCUAAUGCUUUGGGAAUUCCUAGCGCGUUGUUUUGGACUGCCAGUGCUUGUGGCUUUGUUGGGUAUGCCCAGUAUCGCUAUCUGGUUGAUCAAGGCCUCGUUCCACUCAAAGAUGAGAGUUGUCUGACAAAUGGAUUCCUGGAGACGAAAGUGGAUUGGAUUCCAGGAAUCGACAACCUCAGAUUAAGGGACAUCCCAAGUUUCAUCAGAACCACCGACCCAAACGACAUAAUGCUCAACUACUUCAUCGGAGAAGUCAAAGCAGCUCAUGAAGCCACCAUGAUCAUCAUCAACACCUUCGACGAAUUUGAACAAACCUCCCUGCAAUAUCUUUCUUCCAUCUACUCUGCUCCCAUUUUCACCGUCGGCCCUCUCCCUCUCCUCCUCCAACAAAUUCCUCAAAACCACAAGCUCAUGUCCUCCAUAGGCUCCAACCUCUGGAAAGAAGACACCCAUUGUCUCCAAUGGCUUGAUUCUCAAGAACCCAGCUCCGUCUUUUACGUUAACUACGGCAGUAUCACCACCAUGACCUCCGACCAUCUGGCCGAGUUUGCUUGGGGUCUCGCCGCCAGCAAGUGCCAGUUCCUGUGGGUGGUCAGACCCGACCUCGUCGAAGGCGGUUCCGUGAUUUUCUCCAAGGAGUUUAAGGAAGAGACGGAAGGAAGAGGGCUCAUAGCGAGCUGGUGCUCACAGGAACAGGUGCUGAACCACCCGGCGGUCGGAGGGUUUUUGACGCAUUGUGGGUGGAACUCGACGGUGGAGAGCGUGUGCGCUGGGAAGCCGAUGGUGUGCUGGCCGUUUUUUGCCGAGCAACAGACGAACUGCCGGUAUGCGUGUGUUGAGUGGGGUACGGGAAUGGAGGUAGGGCCGGACGUGAAGAGGGAGGAGGUAAGGAGGAUGGUGGUGGAGGUGAUGGAGGGGUCGUCGGAGAAGGGGAAGGAGAUGAAGGAGAAGGCUUUGGAGUGGAAGAAGAAGGCGGAGGCGGCGACUAGGCCCGGUGGUUCAUCUUAUCAGAAUCUAGAAAAAGUCCUUGAUAUGAUGCUGAAGAACUUCAACCCUGCUUUGUAAGGGAAACUUUUUUUUAAAUAUAUUUUUAAUUUUAAUGCAAUCUCAGAAAGGUCUCAAUAAUCUUCAUGUGUUGUUGUUAUGGUGUGGUUGAAUAUAAUAAUA